AUGGAGAAAGUCUUGAAACGUUAUGGGGCCACCCAUCGGCUUUCAACGGCUUAUCAUCCUCAGACCAGCGGGCAGGUGGAGAACUCGAACAGAGGGAUUAAGAGAAUCUUGGAGAAAACUAUCGGAAACAGUCGCAUCGACUGGUCUGACAAGUUAGAUGACGCGCUGUGUGCUUUUUGGACUGCCUAUCGGACACCCAUUGGGAUGACUCCCUUUAGGUUAAUUUUUGGGAAAGCAUGCCAUCUACCAGUUGAGCUAGAGCAUAGAGCCUAUUGGGUGUUGAGGGCAGUCAAUCUUGACUUGCCGGCUGCAGGGAAGAAGCGGUUUCUUCAGAUUCACGAGUUAGAGGAGUUACGUGAUGAGGCGUACGAGAAAUCAUGGGCGUACAAGGAGAGCACCAAGGAGCUACACGAUAAACACUUGAAAUAG